GUGUUCUUUUCAAGAUUAUGUUCCACCUAAAGAACAGCACGGCUCUUCAACUUCAUCGCCGGAUUCAUGGGGGACCUUCAGUCUAGGGCGACCUUCACCUACGCCUCCUGUGAGGUGGACCUUCACGUGCGCAGGCAGUAGGGCGAGAUGUUUCUCCUAUACGGGAAGUAGAAAAUAACCACACGACAGUGAUUCAUUUCUUUGUUGUACUUGGAAGACCACAUCUUCGAGAACAACACAUCAGAUUGGUGGCGGCCGGCGCCGAGGUUUUGAACUACAAUCAACGUUCGUAAGAAGACGAGGAUCAACAUCAAGAGGAACUUCAUAGUAGGAGACUGAUGAAAAAGCGAAUUCACAACCUAAGUUCUUGCUGCAUUGUCUCCAUCUACAGUGUCCUACUAGAAGCAUCCUCCUGGUGGACAUAGUAAGCAAGUCCCAACAUCACGACCACCUGCUCAACAUCUCCCUUCCUUGAGAACCACUCUCAUACCAGAUUGGUUGUAAGUAACAAACAACGCGGGUCGCGUUGUUUCUCCAUUAGGUUCAACCUGUGCUCCUCAAGUCCGCGACGGCGACAGAGUGUCACAUAACAGCUCAGAUCUCUCUUCGAGCAACAGCAACACUAAUAUCAUAGUUCUUAC